AACCUUCUUACACUGCGGUGUCUCGUUGAGUGGACUAUCUCAUGGGCUUUAUAACUUUUACAAAAAAAUAUUUUUCCUCCAUUUUUUUUUUAAAAAAUAAAAUAAAAAUUGAGAGUUAUGGAGUAUUAUUGAAUUGAAGACUCUGUCUCCUCAACUGAACUCAACUGAAGCUGCAUACAUUCACAUUCUCGACGAUCUAAUUCCAAACUCUACCGAAAAAAUGGCGGGAAAUUUUGGCGCCAUGAUUGCAUUGGAUAUUGCCCCUCUAUAUAAAACCACCCUCCGUUCUCAUUUCCAUCCUCACCAAUUUCAUUUUCCCUUUGGCGCACACAAGCACGGUUCUCAGAAUGGCCCGACCAGAGUCACACGCCAACAACUGCUCCGAGAUUCAAGAGCCUUCGCCCAAGAUCCCUAAGCUCCACAAAAACGGCGACGUUUCUGCCGACCCUCUUCUUAUCCGAGUGAAGAAACUCUCGGACAAGGCCAUUUUGCCCUCUAGGGCUUCCACUCUCUCUGUACAUCAUGAUUUUGGCAGUGCGGUGGAGACGAAGGUGCCAGCAAGAGGGAAGGCUCUGGUGGCUACUGAUAUCAGCAUUUCUACUCCACAAGGGACCUAUGCUCGCGUUGCUCCACGGUCGGGGUUGACGUGGAAGCAUUCGAUCGACGUCGGUGCUGGGGUGAUCGACGCUGAUUACAGGGGUCCGGUUGGUGUGAUCCUGUUCAAUCAUUCCGAUGUCGAUUUUGAGGUGAAGCUUGGAGAUAGGAUUGCACAGCUGAUCAUCGAGCAGAUCGUAACCCCGGAUGUUGCUGAGGUUGAUGAUUUGGAUCCCACUCUCAGAGGUGAGGGUGGCUUUGGAUCUACCGGUGUUUGAUUGGGGUUUCGGUGUUCUGAUGUUACGUAGCAUGCUUAGUUAGGACUUAAGGGAUGUGGAGAAAAAACCGAGGGUGGGCGUGUUUCUACAUUUUCCCACCUAUUUUUAGGGCUGUAAACAAAUGAAAUCAAACUUCUCUUAGCCCAUUUCAUGUUUAGUGCUUUUCCUAUCCCCAAACUUGUCGUAAUAUUUGGUUG